CCUCAAUUAUCGGAGGAGAAGGGAAUUGAAAUAUCAGGGACUUGGAUGUCUUUAUUUUUCUGAAGCAGCCUAUUUCAUGGAACAUCUCUGUUACAACACCUUUUGAAACGUUGAUUCGUUGGAUUUCAUUCAUUGGUUCGUUUGGCUAUGGCUCAAUUGCUUGCACCGGUUUGCACUGAUACCCUCAAAUUCCAGACGCCCUUUCCUUUUUGUUCGAGAAAUCGAAGCCGCAGGUUAGAGAGGACCAUCCCAUCCAACGGUGGGAGGCGAAGAGAGGUGAGAAUCAAGGCCACGGCUAACAAUUCCGUUGCUCAGGAGGCGAUCGCUGAUGACUACUACUCCGUUUUGGGGCUGCUGCCAGAUGCAACACCAGCACAAAUAAAGAAGGCCUACUACAACUGCAUGAAAGCUUGUCAUCCAGACUUGAGCGGAGAUGAUUCGGAGACGACAAACUUUUGCAUGUUCAUCAAUGAGGUUUAUGGGGUACUCAGCGACCCUGUGCAGCGUAUGGUUUAUGAUGAAAUUCAUGGGUAUGCAUUGACUGCUAUUAACCCGUUCUUAGACGACACCAGUCCAAAGGAUCAUGCGUUCGUUGAUGAAUUUAGUUGCAUAGGCUGUAAAAAUUGUGCCAGUUUGGCCUCAGAUGUCUUUCGAAUUGAAGAGGACUUUGGAAGAGCAAGAGUCUGCAGCCAAUCAGGGAAUCCUGAAUUAGUUCAACAGGCUAUUGAUAGUUGCCCAGUCGAUUGCAUUCACUGGACUUCUGCUGCUCAAGUUUCCCUGCUUGAAGAUGAAAUGCGCAGGGUAGAGAGAGUAAAUGUUGGACUGAUGCUUGCGGGAAUGGGAGCCAACUCUGAUGUUUUCAGAAUGGCUUCUUCUCGGUGGGAAAAGCGCCAAUCAAAAGUCUUGGAAAAAGCUAAGAUCAGGAUGUCGAAGCAAAAAACUUCUGACAAACCUGGAUCAUAUUGGGAUGAUCUUUGGGGAAAGCCCAAGAACUACCAAACGUCAGAGGAGGAAGCGAAAGAGAGAGCGAAGAGAGCAGCAGCAGCAGCACGAAGAUGGAGAGAAUACUCAAGCAAAGGUGCGGACAGGCCACCAACCUUCAAACUUCCAGAGACAAUCUCCAACAAGGACUGAACAAGGGUAUUUUAAAGCAUCUGUAAGUUCUUCCUAUCACAUGAAAUCUAUGUAAAUCUAAUUAUUUGUAGACACCAUUUCUGAUAAGCAACGCUGUUGGUACCCCUUCCCCCAUUUCAUGUAAUCUAUGUAAAAAUUCAUUCCUGAGGGGAAAUCAUCACUAUAGUAAAAAUGCAAUGAAUUUAUAAAGUUAUACAUGAAUUUAUGCAA